CUCUCUCUAUCCCUAAAAAAUUGUGACUGUAAGACCGAAGAGGGGAUAUAUAUAAAAAAAAAAGUGCAAGUCGUCUUAGAGGAAGAAGGGGGAGUAGGUAGGGUGGGAGAAAGGGGGGGCACAAAAAGAAAAAGGGGGAGAAAGGGGGUGGGGAAGAGGCGAGGGUAUACGCAUCAAUUUGUAGUCUUCAGUUGGCACCCCUGGUUUUUUUCUUCUUCCUGCAACGAAUAGAAAGAGAUUUCUUCUGCAUUAUUGUUAUUAUCGGAGCGCGUUGCAAUAUGAAGCCUGUGUUGACAGACUGUGCGUGUCAGCGUGCAACAUAAAACGACAAAACAGAGGGGGAGAAAGGAAAGGGAGAGUGAGAGUGAGAGCACGCAUCGCUGGAUAUUAUAGGUCUUGCUAGCUGUAACACACACAGCCCAGUCAGUAAGCAACAGGAAGCCGUUCAGCCCCUGCAAUGGCUUGUGUUGUAAAAUGGAUGUUUUAAAGAAGACAUAAUGAAAACACGGACACACAAAGAAUCGAUGCCGAUGCGCAGUGGGCGCCGGCGGGGGGCGAGUGAGGAACGACGGGGAAGACGUCCGCACACCAGCCCCACUCGCCCUGAACGCAACGAUAGACAGACGCAAAGAGGUGCUGGUGAGGAAUUGGCUGGAAAUCGCUUCAGUCGCAGAUCACAAGGGCAUGAUUCAUCAGAGAGUGAGGGGGAGGAACUUGUGUCUCCUCCAAAGAGGCAGAAAGUUCAGGAUUCGGUCUCUACCCCGAACCCUCCAACAUCAACACACACGAUUGACAGCUCGGCUCCUUCCACUGUCCCGCCUCCAACCUCGGUGGCCAGCCAAUCCCGUGAGAGUGACAAUGAAGACGGCCAAUCCCAGGGCAGUAGGAGUUCAGUGGUGGGGAGCCUGGCCAAUAGCAGCAGUAGCCUGAGCAGUGGGCGGGAUAUAGACCAGGACAAUCGUUCCUCGUCCCCAAGCCUCUCUGCUUCCCCUCUGGGCAGCCUGGACUCUGACUCCGAUGGCCCAGACUCACCGAAGCAAGGAGAGAGGGAACGGGAGAAAGGCAAGGAGGGAGGGAAGGUGUCGGGAGAGGAUAGGAGGGCGCUUCGAGAGGCGAGAGGGGAGGAGUCCUGCGGAGAUGGAGAAAAGCGGGAGAUGGAUACACGAAUCGAAGACUGUCCAUCUCUUAAGCCUCCCUCCACUCCUGUGACUCCCUCCCACCGUGGAGUGGGAGAUUCUUCAAAUGACAGCAAUAGUGGGAGGAAGUCUUAUUUCUCUAUGGACUCCAAACUAAUGUGUAAAGUGGAGCACGGUGGUCCGACGGGCGUUGAAGGCGGCAGAAUGAACUCCAAAGCCGGCUCGCAGUGUGGGACCAAGACGGCCAUACCGGGAGGAGAUUUCUCCCACAACACCCCCAACAUUCCCCACUCUUUGCCUCCCCCUCCUCUCCCUCCUCCACCUGCCCUGAAGCCCCUGGAGCUCGGGGGACAAAACCUUCCCACUGAGGUAAAGAUAGAAAGAGACAAAAUAGAAAAGCCGGACAAACUCCUGGACAAGACUCAGUCCACUCCUCCCUCUCUGUUGCCUCAGACCCAGCCCUCCUCCCAUCCUCACCCCUACACCCCCACCGGCUGGCAGGGUGGCACCGCGACCGGUUGCCAAGGGAGCUGGGGCUACACCCGUUACCCGGGAAACCACCACCCACAGCACCAGCCGCCGGUGCAGCAGCAGCAGCUUCCCUCCGUCUACAACCCGCCGUCCACCCGCCACUCCUCUUUCCUCCCCCAUCCUCAAGCCCACCCCCACAGGGAGUACCUUCCCAGGUACGCCGGAGGGGGAGGGGACAGAGAGAGGGGGGCGGCUGCAGGAGAGAGGGAGAGGGGAGGGAGGGGGGAGUGCGGGGGGAGGGAGAUCGGCAGAGAGUUCUCCGCCCCCAUUGGUAACAGCAGCAACAAUAGCACUGGGAGUAAUAGUGGGAGUAAUAGUGGGUCCAACAGCGUCCAAAGUAGAGAGUUUACUGGUCAGAACCGGGAGUUUACUGGUCCUGGGAGAGACGGACCUAACUUGGGUUCUGAAAGGAGAGACUUUGGUCCAGCUUUCAGAGACCGGGAGCGAGAGAGGGAACGGGACGGAGGGAGGGAGUUUCCUCCGCCAAACCAAAACCAGAGUAGAGACUUCGGCCCCAACGGGACUGGCGGGGGGCAUCCGAGAGACAAAGAUGGAGGCAGAUGGGGGGAGUUUGGGGGUCCGACAAGAGAGGCUGUAGGCAACAGUAACCCAAACAACAACUCCAUCCCGUCUGGAAACCUGCCGAGUUCAACCAGCGGACUCCCUGCCGCGCCAAUGCUGAACCGAGACCCACCUGCAUCACCCCAAAACACCCCGACUCACCCUCCACACUCCUCCCUGCCCCCACACCCCCACCCUCAUCCCCCAAACUCAUCCAGCCGAGACUUCCCCCCUCCCAUGGAGCAGGCACAAACCCCUUCCUCUGGAUCGGACCACUUUCACAGAGAUUAUCCACCCACUGGAGGAAAAGACUUUCCUGCUGGGGCGCCUCCUUCCACCGGCACAAAUCGAGAGUACCUCAGCCCCCCCAGGGUGACUCCAAACCUGGGACGAGAGUAUUCAGGGGGAACUCAUCACCCUCACCCACCUCACCCCCACUACCAGUCCAGAGAAAGAGACUCAAACCUGCGAGAGUCUGCUUUGUACCAAAACCGAGGAGGAGGUCCGAAUCAGCCUCCGGCACUUUCUCCGUCCUCCUCCUCCAGUCAUCAUGGACACCCUCCCAAUGCUCCUUACCCCCCUCCCCCAACUCAGCCUCCUAUACCCCCACCUCAAACCACCCACACCCAGCCACCCUCUGCACCCAAUGUACGUCCCCCACACUACCAGUCCACCGCUCAGACUCCUCCAACACCCUUAUCUCCGUUACCAAGCCCGUCCACUAAUCCAAUGGGCGGCUUCUCUUCGUUUCCCCCCGGCUCCUCAUCUGGACCCAACAUGCCACUUCCUGGUCCAGGUGUGUCGUCCAGCUGUUCCCCCGGAUGCCGCCCCUCCCCCUUCCAUGGCACUUUGAACAGCCACCCUCCCUUCACUGGAACGUACCACUCCAAUGGGAACAGUGGUGGUGGAAACAUGGCCAACAGCAAUAGUAGCGCGUCCAAUAGCAGCAAUACCAACUCGCAAUCACUCUCGCCUUCAAAUGUCUCCAAGGGACCUCCACCUCUUAGUAACCAAGCAGCCAACAACAGCAUCUCCGCACCGGCAUCCAGCUCUUCAGCCCCCGGGGGAGACGGACAUUUGGAUCCGGGCCCUCCCCCUACACCUGUUAUCAAAGAGGAACCAAUAGAAGAAAGGGAGGAGAGUGAAAGCCCACCACCUGUGUUGAGAAGCCCCUCGCCUGAACCCAAACCAGUGGACAUUCCCAUCCACGCCAGCCAAUCAGCACGGUUUCACAAAGUCCUUGAUCGUGGCAGUGGGAACUCCUGCGCUCGCAGUGAUGUCCUCUUCGUCCCGUUGGACGGCUCCAAACUGUGGAAGAAGAGGAACGAGGUGAUAGAAAGAGCUCGUAGGGAGGUGGAGCAGCGGGCGAGAGACAUCCGAGAGAAAGAGAGGGAACGAGAGAGGGAACGAGAGCGUGAAAGGGAACUGGACCGACAACUGCAGCAGCAGAAAGACGUGAACGCCGCUGCAGGAAGUCGCCAAGGCUCCUCCCUCUUCUUCCCCUCCUCUUCUUCCAUCAACCUCGACCCUUUGUCCUCUUCCUCCGGCAACUCCGUCUCCCACCCUCCCCCUCACCAGCAGCAUCAUCCCUCACACCCCCAUGCUCACCUGGCUCAAGCACACCAUCUCCACCCAGCCUCGCCCCACUCGAUCCCUCACUCCCUCCUCAUGCCGUCCAUGGGCGGGGCGCAGACGGUGGUCGGCCCUCAGGGAUCCCUGGGAAUAGGUAUGGGAGGUCCUUAUCUGGGCCCGGACACCCCGGCGCUGAGGACCCUGAGCGAGUACGCCCGCCCUCACGCUAUGUCGCCCCUCAGCGCAGCGAAUCGGGCCCAGGCGCACCACGCACAGAUGCACGGCCACAGCCAUCCCCACGUCCACCCCUCGUUCUUCCUCCCCCAGUUUCAGAAUCACGCUCUAGGACACCCGCAUCACAUGCCUACCGACGCCGCCACUGCUGCAGCCAUCCUGGGCUUCCUGUACGGCGGCAGCCUCGAAGGGGGUCCGGGCGUCGGGGGCCACGUAGGGAUGGCAGGCGGGCCGAUACACGGAGGGAUGGGGGGCGCCGGGUUCGGAGGAGUCGGCUUUCCUCACGCAAUCGCCGCACAUCGAGAGCGAAUGAAGCAAGGGUUUGAAUUCAAGAGCGACGAGCGGGGUUACCCUCCAGGAUCCAUUCACGAUCACCUGGCCCUCGCUCACGCUCACGCUCACUCUCACUCUCACGCUCACGCUCAUGCACACGCACACGCCAAUGCCCACGCACAUGCUCAUGCACACUCCCUGCUACUCGGGGGAGGUGCAGCCAAUGAGGUGUCGCUUUACGGCACUCCCUCUCCUCAGCCUCAGCCUCCUCCCCAGCACCUCCAGAACCCGUCCAUGCCGCCAUUAACUCGACCUCCCAACCCUCCUGCCCCUCAGUCCCUGCCCAAUCCACCCCCGUCAUCGAUCCUCACACCUUCCCUACCCUCUCACCCAUCAUCUGCCCCCCCGGCGCUGCCCCCCCCGGCCCCAGCAGCACCUCCUGCUCCCCCGCCCGCUCCUCCCGCACCUGCUCCACCGACCACCAACGCCUCCUCACUUCAUCACCCACUCCCCCAUUCGUCUUUUCCCAGCUCCCUGUCCUCUCACCUGCCACCAGCCACUGCUCCGGCCGCUCCCCCCGAAAACUACCCGACUCCCACUCGCUCUCCCGCCUCCUUUGAGCGAGACAGGAGUGGAGAAAGGGAGAGGGAGAGAGAGAGGGAGAGGGAGAGAGACAGAGCAGCUUUGCCGGCCUUUGGGGACAGAGAGCGAGAAAGAGAAAGGGAGAGAGAAAGGGGAGGAAGUGGUGGAAACGGAGGAGGAGGAGGAGGAGGAGGAGGAGGAGGAGGAACAGGGGGGAAUGGAGGAGGAACCGGUGGAAACGGAAAUGGGAACGGAGAGAAUCUGGGGCGUCUUCAGAUGUUAAACGUGACGCCUCAUCAUCACCAGCAUUCACACAUCCACUCACAUCUGCACCUGCACCAGCAAGACACAGCGACGGGCGGGGUACACCCCCUGAUGGACCCGCUGGCGUCGGGGUCUCCUUUGACACGCCUCCCUUACCCAGGAGCCACACUAGGCACCCCCAUCCUGGCUCACCCCCUCACUGACAGCGAGGUGCUCCGCCAACAGCUGUUCGGUGAGGAGAAGGCUCCUCGUCCAUGUGCUCCUUUCCGUGACCUGCCCCAGCCGUCCUCCCUCACUGGUCCCAUGUCGGCAGCCCAUCAGCUCCAGGCCAUGCAGCAGGCCCAGAGCGCGGAGCUGCAGAUCCAGAGACUGGCCCUCGAACAGCAGUGGAUCCACCACCAUCACCACCACUCCCUCACCCAGGACGAGUAUUACAGUCACCUGAAGAAAGAGAGUGACAAGACCCUGUGAGGGAGGGGCACGACGGAGAGCAGCAUGGAGAAACACGAGGGAGAAUGUGUGCACUGAAAACAAUGAAGGAACAAAGAAAAAGCUGGACUAAUGGACUGAGGAGGAAUUGAAAGGGUUUCACUAAAGCGUGGCACACGUCCCUGCUGCACCACGACGACUCCAGCGCUCCCCUGCAAACGUUCCUCCAACUCCCGUCCUGUUUUGUAUCGUGCUCUGUACAGUAUAUUAGAUGGGGGCGGCAAUAGUGCAGUACAGUAUGUGUAAAAUACUUGAUGCCAGAAGGAAUGUGUACAUGAGUCUCUUUUAUGUCAUUGCAUGUAGCUAGGCGCUUUAUUCCGAACUGGUGGGACUUUUUGUUUCUAUUUUUAGUAAUUACCCCCUCCUUUGUACCUGAGGGGCGUCCUAUAUGCAUGAGACCAGCAAUUUAGUGUUACGUUAAUGAUCAAUAGUAUUGUUAUUAUGAUUAAUGUCGUCUGUUUGUUGAUAAUGAUAUAAUUAUAUAUACAGUACAUAUUAUUUGUAUUAUUUUUUUACAUUUUCAUGGUACGGCAGUCGGUUUUUAUUUUUAUUUUUUAUUUUCGAUUUACCUUGUGAAACAAGAUGCAAAUGAAGGCAAACAAAUCUGGAAAUAAAUUAUAAUCUUUUUUUGCUAGUCUCUUGCGUAUUCAUGCGUGCACUGUUUUCUCCCCCCUUUUUUCUCUCACAUACAUUCAGACAAUUUGCCCCGUCUUUGUUUUAUACAAGUCACUCAUGCACAAAGCAUAUCAAAUUCCUCUCGUCUCCCCCUCCCCCCUUACUCUCCCUCUCUCUCUCUUUCUGACUCCCCCCUCUUUCUCUGCGUCCCUCCCUCUCUUGGUUGUGUGUAGCUAAUAGGAGACACAUGGGAUGAGUGUGAGACAUGGGAGUUGAGGCGCUCCAGUGAACACCAGCCACCCUGUAGAGAGCAUUCCUUACUGCACAGUAAAAAAAAAA